AUGAACCAAACAUCCGAAAACAAAACUGACGGAGUCGAGGGUGUUUUCGACGUCACCGAUAUCGUAUUAACUGUCGUGGACGCUGCCCUAAUUGUUAUCAUUGCUGUGGGGAAUUCCUUAACACUAGUCGCAGUCUGUCGAUUCAAAAGACUCCGGAGUCCCACCGGGGUUGCGAUCGCGAGUCUGGCAGUGGCGGAUCUCAUCAUGGGCAUCGUCUACACACCCACGAGAUUCGUGCACAUCACGUGGCCGAGCAUGUUCGCGUCGAGGGCGGCGUGCAUCGUGUACAUCUUCGUCGUACAUUUCUCGGCAUCUUGCGCCGUGAUCGGCAUAUCGAUGCUGUCCACUGAACGUGGAUACGCAAUCCAGUUCCCAACGCACUACCAGACCUGCAUGACGACCAGGUGUUCUGUUGUUAUCAGUCUGUGCGUCUUUGCGGCCAUCUUCUGUCUCAAUCUCCCAUUCCUGUCCGGACUGGACCACUACAACGGCCAAGACUGUUACGCGCCUUCAGUUUUUCCAAAGGUCUACUUAAGGACUCUCAUUGUCGUUGGUGUGGCAGUUUUGCUCCUGGGGUUCGUGGCAUUUGUGCGAGUAUUGGUGGCAGUGUUUCGGCGCCAGAAGUUUUCAAACGUUUUGAGCGGGCAGCAGUUGAAGCAGCAGAUUUCGUCCGUGAGGUGCAGACUGAUGUGCGUGGUGUACGUGAGCUCGCUCGUGUUCUGGCUUCCUCACCUGACGUACUACUUCUACAACACGUUCACGAAGCAGACGAGAAAUGUGUUCGUCUUCAGGAUCCUGUCCAUAUUCGACCUGUGCAGCUCUGCGGUAAACUUCUUCAUAUACGGAGUUAUAAAUAUUAACUUUAGAAUGGCCUACAAACAAAUAUUAGGUCUAGACAGGCAGGACAGAAGAACUUCCACAUAUGUUUCUGCUACGACUGUAACUCACUUUGAUGAUGUGGCAGUCUAG